AGCUAGUUGUCGUAUCAAAGAGAAAGGCCCAUGUUUGUAAAGAAACAGCACGAGCUUUGUUUUGCUGAUUGACCGUCUUCAAAAGCUACAUUCGGCGUGGGAAGGCUACUGCUUGCACAAUUAUUUCUGACAGUGUCAACACACAUAGUCCUAUCCUGCAGAGAUGACCAAGUGCAAGAAGAAGAAGAGGCAGGAUGACUUCCAGAAGGUCAAGCUGAAGGUGGGGAAGACCAAGCCUAAAGCUGACAACGCUACCAACAUCAACUUCCGCACCAAGGGAAUAAACCUAACUGAACAGCUGAAGAAAGAUGCUAAUGCACCCACCACACACCGGAAGCUCAACAUCAAGGACCUGUUGUCCCAGCUGCAUCACUACAGUGGUACAGUGAAACAGGGAGCUCUUGUGGGACUGAGGGAGCUGCUGACCCUUCACCCCUCAGAGUUAGACCAACACCUCUCCAGUCUGCUCAGCGAGGCUGCUGCCGUCUUCACAGACAAGGACCCGAAUGUACGGAUGUCUGCCACACGCCUGCUCAGGUUUAUAGCCCAGAGUGUGCCAGCAGAGCGGACGUCUCCAUUCUUCCCUCUCCUCUCUGCCCACCUCUCCUGUGCCAUGACCCACAUCGAGACGGGUAUCCAGGAGGAUGCCCUGAAAGUCCUCGACGUUUUGCUGGACCACUAUCCUGCCCUGCUGGCCGCUCGUCCCGCCCUGCUGCUCACCAACUUCCUGGAGCUGAUCUCACACAGAAGUACCGGGGGCGGGGCAAGGAAGGGGCAGGAGGGGAAGGGGAGGAGCUGGGCCCUGUCAGUCAACCCUAACAGGAACGUGACUGGUCAGCAGUGGAGACUCACAGUGCUGCUCAGACUGGGGCGUUUUCUUCAGGCGGUAGUUGAGGAGAGGCGAGCGGAGGAGGGGGUUGCAUGUGUCUCAGGUGACAUGUUCAGUGUUUUGAAUGGACAAGGAGGAGCUAAUGCACCUUUGGAGCUCAACUGGGAGGAGCUUACCUACAGAAAAGGUGGAUUUCAGGUGUUUGAACAUUCAGGAGCCAUGCCCACUCCGCAUUCCACCUUCAAACUCAGGCCGGAGACUGAGCCUGGGGCUGGGGUGAGUGAGGGGCUGGGCACAGGGGAGGCUGUACGGGGCUUUGCCUCCACCCUGGUGCCCCUUCUACUAGACGUCUGGGUAGAGGCUAGUGCCAGCGACCGGAGCAAGACUGACAGUGCUCAUCUCCUCACCCCCGACGCCAUGUCACUGAUGUACCAGGUCCUCUCCAUACUACAGCUGCUACGCAAGCUGGCGCCACAGAGAGAAUACCAGGAUACACUGGAUGUGUGGUUUCGCAGUGAGUACCUGGGGGAUUUUAAGCAGCACUUCAUGAAGAACUUCCCCUAUGGAAAUCUGGACACCCCUAAACAAAGGCGGAAGACAGACCCCAAGAGGAGUAAGCAGGCCACUACAAUCCCAGGGCAGACAGUGGAACCCUUGGCUCUGAACGUGCUGCUCUGCCAGGUCAUGGUUUCCAUGGUUACCCUCAGCCAGAGGGAGGGGCAAGCCCAGGAGCCCGAUGCUGAGUGGCUGAUGCCUCUGAGAGGGUUUGUCCAAGAGACUCUGUCCAGUGGGGCCAAGCUGAGCCAAAGACACCUACAUACACUCCUGGAGACUGUCUGGAGAAUGGUCAUCACACAACGCAGCAUGGCGGUGACGGAGGAUCUGUUACAGGCGGUGUAUGUUCAGUACCAGCAGAUGAACCUGAAUCUGCAGACCAGAACACUGCUACUUUCCUUCUACAGCAGACUGUACCUACAGGAACACAACCACACACACAUCGCCAGGAGUAGAGUGUUGUCUCGGUGGCUGGCUGCUCUACCGCUCCAGUUGUCCCAGCUGGGCCACCGUAACCCUGCCCUCUCAGACAGGCUCCUGCUCUCCAUCCAGGCUGCUGCCUCCCGCGGGAACAAGGCCCUGCUGAACUCCCUACACACGCAUGCAUGCAGGCUCUACGACCCACAGGAGGGCAGUGUGGUAUUGUUACCGGCUGAAUCUCAGCAGCGAUUGGUCCAGCUACUCUACUUCCUGCCUGUGAUGUCACAGGGUCUGUUGGCCAAUCUGAGUCGCUGCUGCACUGCGGGACGCGUCUCUGCCGGCCUGGCUGCCUCCCUCAUACGCAUCAUACACAUCAGGUCCUCUUUGAGUGGCUGGUCAGUAGGGUCUCAGGACGCGACCCUGCGUGAUGUUGACUACAUCAGCUUCCUGUUCUCCACCCUCACAGGGUUUUCGUCUGAUGAGCUGGCCACCCUGCAGGAGGCUGGGGAUGAGAGCGUGCUCCCUCCCUCCCCCCUCUCCCCCCUCAGCCUCUACCCCACCCCCCUGGAGCAAUUCACACACCACUGGGACGUGGUGGAGGAAGUGUGCCACUGCUUGGAGACACUGGGGUCUCGUUCACAGUGCUUUGACGUGCUGCAGAACGGCAUCUGCAAGAACCUGACUGGUCUGUCUGUGGUACCAGACAGUAUGGCAGCAGGGUUGUUGAGAGCGGUGGCCAGACUGUUGGACCUGUCCUUCCUCCCCAGUGAACCUCUGCUGAGGUUCCUGUCCCGCUGCUGCCUCAGCCUACUGUCUCUGCUACUGACCCUACAGCAGGACACCGCCUCAGAGAACAACCACAAGAGGUAGCCUGUGUGUGAC